UCCGUCUGCGCGUCCCGACUUCCUGCUCUGAGGCAGGAGAGAGAAAAGCUGCGGAUCCGCUUUCAGACAGCGGGGCAGCAGCAGCAGCAGCAGCAGCAGCAGCAGCAGCAGCAUGGAGCCCCGACACAACACACACGCUCUGCUUUAAGAGCCAAACUCCCACGACACGCGCGGACAGACGCACAGAAAGAGAGAGAGAGAGAGAGAGGAGCAGCGGCCGUUCACAGCUGGUAGCAGAACCCCCGGUGUCUGUGUCGUCAUGGAGAGCUCCAUCACCCUCUGGCAGUUCCUGCUCCAGCUGCUGCUCGACCAGAGCCACAAACAUCUCAUCUGCUGGACGUCCAACGAUGGAGAGUUCAAACUGCUCAAGUCCGAGGAGGUGGCCAAACUGUGGGGGCUGCGAAAGAACAAGACCAACAUGAACUACGACAAGCUGAGCAGGGCGCUGCGCUACUACUACGACAAAAACAUCAUCAAGAAGGUGAUUGGUCAAAAGUUUGUCUACAAGUUUGUCUCGUUCCCUGAGAUUCUGAAGAUGGACCCUGCAGUUGUGGAGUCGGGUCGCAGUGGCGAGGAGGUUGGGGGGACGACGUCAGAACCUGAAGCUGAAGAGGAGGAUCGGACUGACAGAAACCAGUAUCGCCACUCCAACUUAUACUCCUCCUUCACCAUCAGCUCCCUGCAGCACGCUUUAGACCAGCAGCGGCCAAUCAAACAGGAGCCCAGAUGCGAGGAAAGCUCCUCCGUCAUCCGGUUCGUAACCAACGGCGGCCACUCGUCCCUUCCUCCAACACCACCUCCAUCCAUGACAGACAGCCCAAAUUCCUCCGUGCUGUCCCCUCGGUUGGCCAUCUCUUCGUCCCCAUCCCAAAGCCCCGCCCACAUACGGGCAAGGGGGCAGAGCCUUAGCGCUGAUACUGAAGAUGUCGAAUGUAGCGCUCAACCUUUAAACUUGUCAUCUGGUCAGAGGGAAAGAGAGAAGCUAUGGUGCACACGAACACCAGAGAGGAGGGGGUUGGCCAACAAUAACCCUUCAAAAGGCAGAAAACCCAAAGGUUUGGAAAUCUCUGCUUCUCCUCUUCUCCUGACAGGAAGUGACCUCGUCUCCAUUGCCCUCAACAGCCCGGCGCUGCCCUCUGGGUCUCUUACCCCCGCCUUUUUGACCACACAGACUCCAUCUGGUCUGUUGCUAACUCCCAGUCCUCUGCUGUCCAACAUCCAUUUCUGGUCCGGUCUGAGUCCAGUGGGACCUCUGAGCCCAGCCCAACUGCAGAGCCAUGCCCAACUCUUCCAGUUCCCCACACUGAUGAACGGAGCCAUUCCCAUUCCUCCUUCCAACAUGGACACGCCCUCUCCUCUGCUGCUCACGUCCAGCUCCCACAAGUCCUGAUGCCAGCAGGAAGCUGGUUCCAGAGGGGAUGAGGACGGUCAGACCAUCAUCAUCAAGGAGCAGACCAUCCUUAAGCUUGGAUGAAGU